AUGAACUACAGAGCAGGCCUACCAGCUGCUAACUCUACAAAGUCAUAUUGGCUACGUGAACCUAACGAGUUGAAGGACAUCCAGACCAGCGAGCAGCUGCAAGAUUGCGAUGUUGUUAUAAUCGGAGCCGGCAUCACUGGCGUCUCGUGUGCAUAUCACCUGAAUGAGUUAUCACCGACGUCAAAUAUCACGAUUCUGGAGGCCAGAGGCAUAUGCGAAGGAGCAACGGGACGAAAUGGAGGCCACUUGACGCCCAAUACAUACCGGGGAUUCACAAAGAAUGCUCAGAGGUUCAAGCUGGAACGGUGGACUUCGAAGCUGAAGUUCGAAUUCGAAUGUGCAUCCGCCAUUCGUUCUCUAAUUGCUACUGAGAAAUGGGAGGAACAAGUUGAGCUUACUUCAGACGGAAACCUUCACGUGUUCUUCUCAGAAAGUGAAGCAAAGGAGGCCCAACAAGAGCUGAAGACUAUGCAAGAGUGUGGGCUUUAUGGUGGAGACUUUUUUGAUGCUGAUCUUGCUACUGAGAUGUUGGGAACUCGAAAAACGUUCGGAGGCGUAUUCAAUUCUUUAGCUGGUCAUUUCUGGCCGGCAAAGUUAGUAUAUUUGAUGGCCCGCAAGAUUAUAGCACUUGGCGUCCAAGUCCAUGCCAAUACCCCCGUAAUCGAAUUACAACCUAUCAAACCAUCUGCAUCAUCAUCCGAUGAACCUCGUUGGACAGUAACAACACCACGAGGCACAAUACGAUGCAAAAGUGUAAUCCACUGCACGAAUGGAUAUGUAUCAAGCCUCGUGCCGUCGUUGACCAAUAGGGUGAUACCAGUAAGAGGCCAAGUGAUUGCAGCUGAACCACCAGCAUCCGUAAUAAUCCCGCCAUUCCCAUUCGGUUUAAGUGCUAAUCGAGGGUGUGAAUAUGCAGUUUGGAGACGAGAUAAUGUUGUCGUGCUAGGAGGAGGUCGUGAAGUUACCGCUCCUAACUUUGAGAUUGGGAAAACAGAUGAUAAUGAAAUCAACGAGAAGAUCAGUAAACGAUUACGAGCCUUUUUGAGAGAUAGAUUAUCUGGACCAGAACCCUGUAUUGAAGAGUGGACUGUAUUGAACGAGUGGACGGGUAUCAUGGGCUAUACUGAAGACGCUUUACCGUGGGUUGGGCCAUUGGGCGAGGAAGGCCAAUUCGUUUCAGUUGGCUUCCAUGGACACGGAAUGCCAGUAGCCUUCCAUUGUGCUAAAGCAGUAGCGCAACAGGUUCUUGGCCAAUCAGUAUCUGUACCUGGAUUCACGGACAUCUUCUUGCCUUCACGAAAAGUAGCCAUUCCGGGUGCUCAGCAACGAGCAGAAGCUGAACGGGCAGCCAAACUUGGUCCAGAAGAGACUGGUGUGAGUGAACUGGCCGGAUCUGGAACGCCCAAGAAGGACAAGGCGGCGCACAGUCGAUUGUAA